GGGUGUGUGUGUGUGUGGAGGGACCUGGAGGGGGGGCAUGGAUAUUUAAGAUGCUGAGGACGGGUGAGAGAAAAGCAGAGACCCACAUUUUUCUAGCAAGGACACCGAUGCUCACAAGAGCGGUCUACUUUGGAGAGCAUCAAAGCAUUAAGAAAAAGACGGGCGUGAAUCCCAGCUGGGUUUUGCUUUGCCCUCACAGAAAAUUUCAUUACUAGUCCAGCUUUGCAGGCUCCUCCAUUGCCGAAAAGUAUAUAUUUUUUUCUCCAGCUGUGAGGGGAGAAGAACGGAUCCUUUCUGAAACAACCACCACUGGUGUGUGUGUGUGUGUGUGUGUGAGAGAGAGAGAGAGAGAGAGAGAGAGAGAAAGCCACAAGAAGUAAACAUGCAGCCAGGGGUCAGUGCCCAACUGGCUUGGUUAUGCACGCUCACCCUCUCUUUGGCCAUCUGCCCGGCGUGGCUCCAGAAACCUCCCAAAAGGAAGCCGGCCAACGGGGGGAAGAUGCCCGCCUGCUGCGAGGAGCUGAGGGUGCAGGUGGCCAACCUGUCCGCCCGGAUCGAGGAGCUCAGCCGCAAGCAGGAGAGCGAGCUGGGCGGCACCCUCAUGCAGGUGAUCGAGCUGGAAGGGAGCGUCAAGCGGAUGGAGCUCCGCCUGAACGACGUGGAAGGGAAAUACUCCGAGAUGAACAACCAGCUGGGCAUCGUCCAGCUCCAGGCGGCCCAAACCGUCACCCAAACGUCCGCAGAUGCGGUGUAUGACUGCUCAUCCCUUUACCAGCGGAAUUACCGGACUUCCGGCGUCUACAGGCUCCUCCCUGAUGAAUUUCUUGGGACACCAGAACUACAGGUCUACUGUGACAUGGAGACCGACAGAGGAGGCUGGACGGUCAUCCAGAGGCGUAAAGUCGGCCUGAUUUCCUUCAGCCGGGACUGGAAACAGUAUAAGCAAGGCUUUGGCAGCAUCCAGGGCGAUUUCUGGCUCGGAAACGAGCACAUCCACCGACUCACGAUGCGCCCGACAACCUUGCGCGUGGAGCUGGAAGACUGGAACGGCAACAUCCGUUACGCCCAAUACAACCACUUCAUGCUGGCCAACGAGCUCAACAGCUACCGCCUCUUCCUGUCCAAUUACAGCGGCAACGUCCCCCACAACUCCCUGCGGUACCACAACAACACCGCCUUCAGCACUAAGGACAAGGACAACGACAAGUGUGUGGAUCACUGUGCGCUCUUGCGCAAAGGUGGCUACUGGUACAACUGCUGCACAGACUCCAACCUCAACGGGGUUUACUACCGGAACGGCGAGCACAACAAGAGCACGGACGGCAUCACCUGGUACGGAUGGCACGGGAAAACGUACUCCCUGAAGAGGGUGGAGAUGAAGAUCCGGCCCUCCGACUUCAAAGCCCAGGCGGACACCAACCAAGUCGAGUAAGGAGGCACCACCGAGGCUUCUUCUUCUUCACAGGGGUGGGGACGACCGACCGGAGGGAGGGGAAGCAGAGAGAGACAGAGAGAGACAGACACACACGGACACACACACACACUGCUUACGGCAAAUGCCAACCCGCGACGUGAAAGGCAAGGCCUGAACGAAGGGGGUCCCGCCUUGCACGUGAUUAUGAAAGACCCCUACCAGCCUUUGAACCACAUGUUAAAACGUUUGUUCCCUUCUUGUCUCAAGGUCUUCUUCCAAAGGGAUUCUCAAAAUCUUAGAACUACAGGGCUGGAAGGGACCCCAAGGGAUCAUCCAGUCCAGCCCCGAUCAAAGAGGCACAGAGGGGAAUCGAAUUCGCAACCUCUGGCUCCACGGCCAAAUCCCACCCCCUUGCAACAGUCUCCUCGUAAGAAAGGAAUGUGGUGCACUGGUUUCCCCCAACGUCUUUUAAUGACCCCCUCCUUCCGCGGCCUCUGCCCCGUUCUAGGUUAGCGCAAAUGCAGAGGGGAGGGUAUCGCUGAAACAGAGGUGAAGGGGACCGGCACAGGAGGGGUGGGGUGGCGGGCAGUGUGGGAGCGACAAGGAGAACAACAAGUGUGAGUCUCGGUCUUCAAAGGCAGCCCCCUUGCCACCCCAAAAAGUCAGAUAGGGUUGACCAGUCUAUGAAACUGACGACAGAUG